AUGUCAAGACGUGGAGUUUCAAUCGAAGAAAAAAGAACCAGAUUAUUGAGCUCUUUAUAUGAUAAGAAAGAGUGUUUCAAUUUAAAAGAAAUAGAAAAGCUUGGCAAGAAAUGUGGAAUAAUAGAACAGACAGUUAAAGAUAUUUUACAAAGUUUAGUUGAUGAUUCCCUUGUAAUGAGUGACAAGGUUGGGUCUCUAAAUAUAUUUUGGGCAUUACCAAGUGCUGCUAGAUCAAUGAGAGAAAAUCGAAUAAAUUAUUUGAGAGCAACAAAACAAGAAAUAGAGGACAAUAUACAAUCAUUAAACAACCUGAUUGAAGAAUCAUCAAAGACAGAUACUGAGGAGACAAAGUUAAGAAAAAAGAAGAUGGAAAGGUUAGAAGAACUAACAAGUACUAAUGAAGAGCUUACAAAAAAGUUGCAACACAUAAAAAUGAUGUUACAAGAUAACCCAAAAGUACUACAAGAACAAAUAAAUCAGAGUAAUGAAGCUAUAUUAAGGUGGGAAGAUAAUAUUUGCAAUAUAAGACAGUGGAUCAAGAAAAAAAUGCCCGGAGUUAAAGAAAGAGAAAUUAAUCAAAAUUUUGGCUUACCUAAUGAAGACUAG